CUGCCUCAACACCAUACUGUGCACUACCUACUCUCUUCAUUACCCCCCCUUUCAAACCCUUUCACUCAUCUCCUGUUUCUGUUUUGCAAUCCUUCUCUACCGCAUCCGACAAAUAUUCGUCUCAUUCGAACGUCCGCCAUCACACUGACGCCGUCUCUCUCGUCGGCAUCCGUCAUGUGCCCGCCGACUGGUGCCCGAUAAACAUACCCCAGGCAGGCGAACCCAACGAACCGAACAGACCUGGUUCCUGCCUCAAGUACCGCCUGUCAACAUCCCGCAACUUCUCCCUGCUAAUGUCUGUGUCGUAGGAGCAGCCAAAGAGGCCAGGGCACUCGCGGCGCUAUCUGCAUUUCGCGUUUCGUUAUCGCCAAUCGUGCACGAUCCCCAGCUUCGCCAUGCCGACCGCCGCGUUCAAUGUCCCUCCGCAGUACCGUAGAUUUACCCUGUUUCCCCAUCUGCCGCCAGAGAUUCGCCUCCGAGUGUGGGAGGAAUACUUGAAGAGUCCUGGCGUCAGCUUUGUCAAAGUCGAGCCCUCCGAGACGGCAUGGCGCUCCCAUUUCCUCAUGCCCUUGUCUUUCAUGCAAGACGACGACGACCAAGACCAUCCGGAGUUGCAUCUCGAUGAGGUUUCGCUCGCCAUCAAGAAGGAAUCUGUCGUCAAGCCACCUCUUUCGGCCCGUCUGGUUGCCUUCUACCCCGUUCGCGUCGCCGACAUCAGCAACUACAACAUGCUCCACGCUGACCUUAUCACCAUGAGCCGCACGUACAGCGAGUCCUGGACCCUCGCCAGACAGCUGGCCUCACGCGAGGGGGCGCUGCGUCUCGACAACGGCAUGCUCGUUGCGCUGGAUGGGUCUCAGGAUCUCAUCACCCUCGACUACCUUCCGCCCGACCUGCACCAAACUGACCGCGCCCUAGAGGUCAACAUUUCUUGCCCCGGCCUCGAAAAGAUUCGAAGAGCCGCAGUACGCGUCUCACCCAUGUGGAGGCCGGCCAGGACCUAUCCAGCCAAGUGCAAGACGUGUCAAGAGGUGCAUGAGGUGCGCGAUGGGGGCAACUGCCCGACGCACUUGUACCAGUUCCUUGCCAGGCACCUACCGAACCUCGAGGAGUUCUACCUAUUGGACUAUUUUGUCGUUGAGAAGUCUGAUUCCGAGAAGGCUACUUGGGACAUUCUUUACGGGAACGGACACGACGGUGCCGAGAAUGCUUGCCCAGGAUCGCACCAACGCACGUUCCGCGCAAAGGAUCGCAUCUUCCACGAGAUUGUCGGCGACGGAUCAAGCGACCGCGCCUGGAAGACGGAUUCCAAGACUGGAAAGAUUCGAGAUUGGCUUCAAGACAGUUUCGUUCGCUACAGCAACAAGAGCCCUCUCUCUCGUCACGAAUCUCCUGAACAGGUCCACUUCGGUAUUCUCGCAUGUCAGUUCAAUAUCUUGCCUCCGUCCCCUUCCAAAGCCAAGACGUACCCGUCCUCAGGAAAGCUUCGACCCGCGCGAGAGAGGCCGACCAAAACCAAGCCCAGCCAAGGCGGUCUGUUCUUUGGUGGUUCAUUGGCAACGGCUUCUACACUAUUUCUUGACGAGCCUGGAACCAGCCUGGGCAGGCUUUUUGAUGGAGAGGUGGCCACUGCUUGGGACGUCGGAGUGCAGAACGAGAUUUUGAGACAACGACCAGAGCCAGUACAUGCAGACGCAGACGUUGCUCCGCAACUUGUGCCUGAACGCGACCAGCCACGCUCAUGGGGCGGCAUGUUGUUUUCGUUUGGGGGCAUCAGUCGGAUUUCCUUUCGUUUCACGUUUUCCUUGUUCAACGGCUCGGUCAGACGAUGGGCUGGCUUCUAGAGGCUAGAAAUACCCCGAAGAACGUUGGGAUCCUGGCGGUUUGGCACGGCUUGGUCUGGGACUGGGUCUCUGGCUCUCCUUUGUAGUGGCGUACUGGAUGGAGAGUGUAUUUUGUACGAGCUCACGAACCUAGAACACAGACUGGCAGCAUCCGGGAAACGCCGCAUGAUAUGGACAUGCACUAGCACAAGCUUGUAUUUAGCAACGGCCGAAUGUCUAGAGAAACUCCUUGAUGGCAG